CCCCCCAAUUGCUUAUUCAGAAAAUCUCUCUCCUCCUCUCUCGCCUCCGCCCGUACCUUUUGCGCUUGGCUGCUGCCAAUUCUUUCUAUUCCUCCCCAGUCGCCUACAUAUAAGUGCUCCUCCCCUCUGAACCUCUCGUCCUCUCGUAGUCGCGUAUCUCCACCUCCACUACACCACACCAUCAGAAGCCCGGCCGGCACGGUCGGUGCAAGGAUAGCUGCAGACACACGCCCACACAGACACGGUGUGACAGCAAUUGCCACCGGCGAUGUCCGUUUCUUGGCCGGCGCCGUCGACGUGCGCGGCCGCCGGGGCCCUGCUGGCCGCCGCAUGGCUGCUGUGCUUCAGGCUGCUCCCGGCCGCGGCCAGGCCGAGAAGGCGGGCGAUGAAGACAGAGGCGCAGCUCCCUCCCGGCAGCUUCGGGUGGCCGGUCGUCGGCGAGACGCUGGACUUCGUCUCCUGCGCCUACUCCCCGCGCCCCGAGGCGUUCGUGGACAAGCGCCGCCUCCGGUACGGCGGCGCGGUGUUCCGGUCGCACCUGUUCGGGUCGGCGACGGUGGUGACGGCGGACGCGGAGGUGAACCGGUUCGUGCUGCAGAGCGACGCGCGGUCGUUCGUGCCGUGGUACCCGCGGUCGCUGACGGAGCUCAUGGGCAAGUCCUCCAUCCUGCUCAUCAACGGCAGCCUGCAGCGCCGCGUCCACGGCCUCGUCGGCGCCUUCUUCAAGUCGCCGCAGCUCAAGGCGCAGGUCACCGCCGACAUGCAGCGCCGCCUCGCCCCCGCGCUCGCCUCCUGGCGCCACCAGGGCCCCGGCGCCCGCCUCCGCAUCCAGGACCACGCCAAGACGAUAGUGUUCCCGAUCCUGGUGCGGGGUCUGAUCGGGCUGGAGGCAGGCCCAGAGAUGCAGCAGCUCAAGCAGCAAUUCCAGGAAUUUAUUGUCGGACUCAUGUCCCUUCCCAUUAAGCUGCCAGGGACUAGGCUCUACAGAUCCCUCCAGGCCAAGAAGAGGAUGGCCAGGGUGAUACAGAGGAUCAUACAGGAGAAGAGGAGGAGGAGGGCCCUCGACGGCGGCGGCGGGCCGAGGGACGCCAUCGACGUGCUCAUGGGCGACGGCAGCGAGGAGCUCACCGACGAGCUCAUAUCCGACAACAUGAUCGACUUCAUGAUCCCCGCCGAGGACUCCGUGCCAGUGCUCAUCACGCUCGCCGUCAAGUUCCUCAGCGAGUGCCCCCUCGCCCUGCAGCAGCUCGAGGAGGAGAACAUGGAGCUCAAGAUGAGGAAAACCGACCUGGGUGAAACCUUGCAAUGGACUGACUACAUGUCCUUGUCAUUCACGCAGCAUGUGAUAACGGAGACGCUGCGGAUCGGGAACAUCAUCAGCGGGAUCAUGCGCAAGGCGGUCCGCGACGUCGAGGUGAAGGGGCAUCUCAUCCCCAAAGGAUGGCGCGUGUUCAUGUACUUCCGGUCGGUCCACCUCGACGACAUGCUCUACGAGGAUCCCUGCAAGUUCAAUCCAUGGAGGUGGAAGGAGAAGGACAUGAGCACUAGCAGCUUCACCCCUUUUGGCGGUGGGCAGAGGCUGUGCCCGGGCCUGGAUCUGGCCAGGCUGGAAGCUUCCAUCUUUCUCCACCACUUGGUCACCAGCUUCAGGUGGGUGGCCGAGGAGGACCACAUCGUCAACUUCCCCACCGUGCGCCUCAAGGGAGGCAUGCCCAUCAGGGUCACCGCCAAAGACUAGCUGCCUGUCAAUCAGACGGUCGUCCUUGAUCAACUCCCCGCAGCAGCCAAGCCAGCCAUGCAUAUACAUGAUGCUGCUGCUGCAAGUAUGGUAUCUUCCAUAGCAAGGUUGAAAGGAUCCUUAAAACAAGCUAGCUAGGCAACAUCUGAUCUGAGAGUACAUAGUUAUGGGCAUGCAUGUAUAAGUGUUGUAGGGAAGGGUUAAUUAGCCAUGGAGUAGGUGCCACUCAUCACCGUGGCUCGUUAAUCAUAGCCGAGGAAGAAGACUCUGACCGAUGAUGCAUGCUGUUAUACUAGUAUAAGUAGUAUAGUGCUUAUGUCACAAGGAAUAGAUAUCUCAUCCCUGUA